GAGAGAGAGAGAGAGAGAGAGAGAGAGAGAGAGAGAGUUGUCUGACCGAACGAACACAGCGAGCGCAGAUCUGCGGGCAUAAACAAACGCGCGCUGCCUGUGUGUCUCUCUGUACCUGCCGCUGAAGAUACUUUAAUGGUCGCUGUUGGUUGAAUUAACCGGAUUAACUACACUAACCCCGUGCUGGCUCUGCUUGUUUUUAACGCGGACCUCCGACGAUAUCUAUGUAUUAUUUAGACUGAAUUAAGCCAAAAUGACGGAGCUAAGAAGGCGAGGUGGAGGAGGAGAUCCUGACAGCACAGAAAACAUCAGUGACAAGGAGGCAGAUGGUGAUGACAAGCUCUGUUUUCCCGGAGAGGCAGAAGGAGACACAGAGGGCGACUCCAAAGCGGACACACCAGACGUGCCACCUUCCACAGAUAACACUCCACAGUGUCUGAACAAAGCCCUGGAGGGCUUGUCAUCGAGAUGGAGGAACUGGUGGGUAAGAGGCAUAUUGUCAUUGACAAUGAUCAUUGGCUUUUUCCUCAUCAUCUAUUUGGGACCCAUCAUGCUCAUUUUAGUGGUCAUGGGUGUUCAAAUCAAGUGUUUUCAUGAAAUUAUAACCAUUGGUUAUAGAGUUUACCAUUCCUAUGAACUGCCGUGGUUUCGGACUCUUAGCUGGUACUUCUUGAUUUGUGUGAACUACUUCUUUUACGGCGAGACGGUUGCAGAUUAUUUUGCUCUCGUCCAAAGGGAGGAACCUUUGCAGUUCCUCGUGCGUUAUCAUCGCUUUAUUUCUUUUGCACUAUAUUUGGCAGGUUUCUGCAUGUUUGUGCUGAGUUUAGUGAAGAAACAUUACCGUCUGCAGUUUUAUAUGUUUGCUUGGACCCAUGUGACCUUGUUGAUUGUGGUGACUCAGUCACAUCUGGUCAUUCAGAACCUGUUUGAGGGAAUGAUCUGGUUCAUACUUCCAAUCUCUACUGUGAUCUGUAAUGACAUCAUGGCCUACCUGUUUGGCUUCUUUUUCGGAAAAACCCCACUGAUUAAGCUCUCCCCUAAGAAGACCUGGGAAGGCUUCAUUGGAGGAUUCUUUGCAACGGUGGUCUUCAGCUUCUUGUUUGCGUACCUGCUGUCCCAGUACCAGUACUUUGUAUGUCCGGUGGAAUACAACAGCGAGACGAAUCGUUUCGCUGUGGAGUGUGACCCCUCAAAUCUGUUUGUGAUGCAGGAAUACACGCUGCCUGCUGCGGUGCAGAAUGUGAUAAGAUGGAAAACCGUCAACCUCUACCCAUUUCAGAUCCAUAGUAUUGCACUCUCUUCGUUCGCCUCUCUGAUCGGACCAUUCGGUGGAUUCUUUGCCAGCGGCUUCAAACGUGCUUUUAAAAUCAAAGACUUUGCUGACACCAUCCCUGGUCAUGGAGGGAUCAUGGAUCGCUUUGACUGUCAGUACCUGAUGGCUACAUUUGUUCAUGUUUACAUAGCAAGUUUUAUCAGGGGACCGAAUCCCAGUAAGGUCUUACAGCAGCUGCUGGUCCUGCAGCCAGAGCAGCAACUCAGCAUCUUCAACACACUGCGUAAUCACCUGCGGGAAAAGGGUGUGCUGCCCCCUGCUGUGGCGGAGGCGCAAUGACGAAAAACCCACUGCAGACAAAACCAGUUUAUGUCUUGUUGACUGUGAUCACACAGGCACACUCCCAUCUAACUGUAAAUCAGCGGCUGAAGCUUCCAUAGAAACAUCCGAGAGUGCCGUGUGCUGCAAAUCUUACUCUCACUUUCACCCAUGAAAUAUUCAGUGAAUGGAAAUGGCCACAGGAGGGAGACAUUGUUUAGAAAAUCGGAGGUCUUCCAAACAACAAACAUGCAAAACAAAAGAACGAUGUUCAUGGUAAGUGAAUGUAUAGCACUUUACAGUGGGGUAACAUUGUUGCACUGAUUCUGAGAGUGAUUCUGUCCUUACGUAUGAGUGCUUUGUGACUGCAAUAACUCAUGGUGGUGACUUUGGAGAUUCAUAAUUGUCAUGGUUAAAUAAGCUUGAUUUAUAACACGGUCCUAAACUCAAACCAUUACAAAACAAGUUCGAAAACAGAAGCAUGUUUUAAGUCCUACUGUUACUGCUUAAAAUCGCCAUGUCCUUCUUUCCCUUCCACAAUGAAUGGGUUUGUGUGAGUGUCUUGUGUGUACAUAUCUCAUGUGUAUUAUUGUACACAGAUAAGAUAUAUUAGAUCAUAUAUAUAUAGAGAGAGAGAGAGAGAUUAUGUUAAUUGAAAAAUAUAUGACUUAGCAAAUUAUACAAUAGAACGUUAUGAAAUUAUAUGCAAGACCUAGACCUGUCUUAUUUUCCUCGAUCUAGCAUGAUUAAAGAGGUGGAGAAUGACUUGAGCGGAAAGAUGAUCUGUGAAUCUGCUGUGUUUACCCUACUCGAUCAUUCAUUUUAGUUGCACUGUAUCCAGAAGGGUCAACAGACUCCUUACUCUUUUGUUUUUAAUAUCAUCAAAUAUUGGUGCUUCAAGUAGCUAUGUGAUAUUUUAAAAGAUUGAAACAUGAGUAGUGAAUUAUUUUAGAAAUAGACACUUAUGUAAAUAUAUUUCUUGCAUUGUCCUCCCUGCUAUAUUGUUUUUACCAAAUGGAUUACCAAAUAAUAUGUACCAAAGCUUUUGCUGUAAAACAGUUAGUUCACAUGAAUCUAAACGUUGUCAAAUGGUACAACCUUACUUGAAGAACAAUAGAAUCCAACAGAGUUGAAACAUUUAGGAAAUUAGGUUUCUAUAAGGCACUACAUAUCAUCUUUACUCUUUGCCAAGCUUCUCGUGCAAUAACUUGUGAAUGGAUGUGUAAUGUCUGUGACUGUUGCCCCAAUUACACAUCAGUAGACCCACACAGAAUCUUCUGAUGAAAAUCUAUGCACCCGUUGAUAUUCACCACCCGUUGAGUGGUAUAAGACUCUGAAAAUCAAAAGGCUGUAUACAGAAAGUCAAAUUCUGUAAAUGGCUCUUACACCUUGCAUGUUUAAGAUUUUGGUUACUACUUUUAAUAAGCUUUCAGCUACCCGCAUAGCAAUCUCAGCCCAGAUAUUAAAUCCAUUCCGCAGUAGAUUCCAUGUGGGACCGCACAUUGAGGACUCAGUUUGGGACCAGUUGUUUAUUUUAAAAGCUAAAUUUCUGUGACCCGUCUUUAUUAAUUCCUCAGUAAGUUUACAUAUUCUUUUCCUGCACAAAUGCUACCCUAUAGGUUUGGCUCAAGCAGCUUUAGACAUGAUGCAUCCGUGUAAGAAUGUAGUUUGUGUAGUAAUUUAAACCCUAUCAGACCAAAAAGAGUAUGCACCUCCUCUGUCAGGUGUCUAGAGCUUGUUUUGUGGUUGUCACAAUUGUACAAAUUUUAAACUAUUUUUUUUUUUAGAGCUACUGUAUGACUUAAGUUAUAUGUUACCCAAUGUAUAAUGUUGUGCAAGCUUCUACUGUUACAAUGUUUAACAGCGAAUGGGUUUAACAGUUUAAUUUAAUCAUCGCAGUUUGUUUUUCAUUGUUUUGAAAAAAUUGAGAACCUUUAUUUAUGUGUCUGUGUUUGAUUUUCACAAUUGUUUUCCAAUUUAAAUCGUUAGGAUUUUAAUAGUAUGAACUUGCAAGACGUGAACUUGGCAGUACUGGGAAAAAUAAAGCUAGGUAAUUUAUUAUUAUCACUUGUUGAAUAAACUCUUUACUUUUAACCCAUUCUUAUGCUGGUCGCAUUCUUUACAUUAUUUUCAGGGUUACAUCAAAGUACAUCUGCAAGCCGUGAUGAGAGUUUAUUCUCUCUCUUUUUUUCAUUUGAACAAACAGAGAUGAUGUCCUUUUCUUUACAAAAAUGACCAAAACACAUUAGAGGAACUAUUAAUGUGAAGAGAGCAGAAACAGCUUUUUGGACAAGUGCGUUUUACAGUGUCACAUUGACAGUUAGUGUGGUUACAACAUUCAGAUGAAACACAAACAAUCACACAACAUAACAGACAGAACUCAAUUACAAAGCACAAAACACAUCUUAAAAUAGCUCACGCAUUUUGAUGUUCAAAGUUGUAUUGUUACAUGCUGAAUCCAGUCAUGUAAAGUGCAACAAAUACUUUUUUAAGGUGCUUUGGUGGUCCAUUUACAUUAAAUCAACCACAGAUAUUUUUUGACAAAAUUAAAACAUAGGUUAUUUAUGUAUUUCAUAACCUGAAGUGUGUUAUUUUGGAACUCCGUGCAUCUGUAUGACCAUUUUCUCCCACCAGAACCUGCUAAUGACAUGAAUCACAGCUUCUAUAGAUUCUCAGCCUUAAAAUAUGUAUAUGUAGUCAAAUUUCCAUUAGAUAAGGUUAAGAGCUCAACAUCUUAAAUAACAUUUAAACAAGAUAAUGAUCAAAAAGAGUACAAAGAACAUAACUGAUCAUGAACUCUGAAAUCUCUGACAACUGUAGUUAAUAUGAACUAAAUUGAACUAACGUAUGAACAUUAAAAAUGAUAUACAAGAUCAAUAAAAUAUGUACAUAUAACAAACCUUUCAGCAUGCUAGUAAAACAAAAUGAGGCUACAAAUAAACUAUUUUUAUGAUGGCUUUGUGUAUAUCUGUAAGAUAAAAAAUGAUUUCUCUUCAACACUCCAGAUGACCACUGUCCUGAGAUCAGUAAAGACCCUGUAGCUCUCACACAUCCUUAUCCGUUCCAUAGUCCAUUAUACAAAGUGACUAGAUCAGUUUGCAUGACACAACAACCCUAAACAGCACAAAGCGGU